GUGCCGCACUUGCUCAAUCAAUCUAUUUUGGUGGACUUCUAGUUGGAUCGUUAUUCUUUGGAUCUGUUGCAGAUAAGAUCGGACGCAAACCAACACUGAUCAUCUGUUGUAUACUACAAUCGUCUCUAGGGGUGACAGCAUCCUUCGUGCAAUCAUUCGCGGCUUAUGUCUGCUUAAGAUUCUUUAUCGCCAUGGCAACCAUGGGUAUAUAUUUGAUAUCAUUCGUCUUCGUGGCCGAACUUGUUGGAAAGAAGUGGAGAACUGUGGCGGGAAAUGUGUUACCAAUAUACUGGGCGUCUGGUACCAUGCUGUUGGCGCUUUUUGCCUACCUCAUACGUGACUGGAGGAAGCUGCAAAUAGCUCUUUCUGUUCCAAUUGCAAUAGCAGCUCUUUAUAUGCCGUUUCUGCCAGAGUCUGCAAGAUGGCUGCUUUCACAGGGAGAAUAUUCUAAAGCUGAAACUAUAUUACGCAGAGCUGCAUAUGUUAACAAAGCCACUAUACCUCAGCACCUAUUUGAAGAUAAGGAAGAUGAUGAGAAAUAUGAGGAUCAGCGGAAGUAUACAGCUAUUGAUUUAUUUCGUACUCCAAAUUUGCGUAAAAAGACCAUCAACGUUAUGUAUAACUGGUUUGUAGUUGUCAUGGUGUUCUAUGGACUUUCGCUGAGCACAGCUGAUCUCGGGAUUGAUCCUUACGUUGCUUUUAUGCUGAACGGCCUCGUUGAAAUUCCUGCUCGCAUUUUUAGUAUAUUUGCUAUGGACCGCUUUGGACGUCGAAUUAUGCUGUGUUUUGUGAUUUUGUUUGGGGGCGCAUGUUGUUUCUUAACAGUUUUCAUUAAUCCUGGAGUAUACCGUGUUUCUGUUGCUAUGGCUGGUAAAUUUUCAAUUACUGCCGCCUUUGGGAUUGUUUACGUUUACUCAGCUGAACUCUUUCCAACUCCAGUCAGGAGUGCUGGUAUGGGCCUGGCAUCGAUGUCAGGCCGUCUUGGCAGCGUCAUCUCUCCUUUAGCUCUUGUCGUAUCAGAUAUAUGGGAGCCUUUUGCUCUAGUACUAUUCAGUGGUCUAUCAGUUACAGCGGGGCUUCUUGGUUUAUUGCUGCCAGAAACAAUGGGUACAAGCCUUCCAGAAACACUUGAGGAGGGAGAAAACUUUGGAAAGAAAUACAAACAAUUGAAAAAAACCAAUGGAAAAGCACAGAACCUGGAAAAUAAUUGUAACGCAGACGAAGAAGAGAACGACGCCGUUUGAUGAAAGUCUUCGGAGUGUACGUUUUACUACUUUAAAGGUUUUACUAACUACCGGUACGUGACUGACUAAUACUAAUUUGCCACAGUGAUUAUCUAGCAAGGCAAAACAAUAAUAUAAUCAAUGGACAAGAAAAUAAUUGUAACGCAGACGAAGAAGAGAAAGACGCCGUUUGAUAAAAAGUCUUUGGAGUGUACUUUUUACUACUUUCUGAUUAAUACUAAUUUUUCAUAGUAAUUACCUAGCUAGGCAAAACAAUAAUAUCAAUGGACAUGACUAGAAAGAAACGACUG